AUGAAAUCACUCGGUAUAACACAUGUUGCGUGUAUUCGGGAUGUGAAAGAGGCUUUCUCGGUUAAGCCGCGUUUCCCAGGUGAAUUACAAUACUUGGUGUUGGAUGUAGAAGACAACGAGGAGCAAAAUCUUAUAAGACUUUUCCCUAGGAUAUUCGAUAGAGCGAAAGCUUUCAUUGACAACGCACUCCAAAGUGGCGGUCGAGUUCUCGUACAUUGCAACGGUGGAAUUAGCCUCUCGCCUUCGUUUGUGAUCAUGUAUGUCAUGGAGCGAUUCCAGCUCGCUUGGGAUGACGCCUUGCAAAUGAUCAAAGAAUAUGAAUCAAUCUAUAAAGCACAACGAGCAAUCCAAUCCGCGCCUGAUGCUUCUCGCCCUGCCCCAACUCGUAGGAAACGCGAAGACGAUGAUGAGGAAGCAGAAGAAUCCGAUACGCGACGUCGACCCGAACCAACCGAGAUGCAGCAAAAGGACAUUGAUAUGACUUGA